CGCCCCUUUUUUCUUCGUAUCUCAAUCAUUCUCUCUAGAUGCUUUGCACUACCAUACUAUUCUACCUUCUUCCGAUCACAUAUUGCUCACGUCUUUUUCCGUGUGCUUCAUUGCAGUCUCAUUCAUCUCUGUUUUGCCUACCACCGCUCCUUCUUCAUCCAACCCAUCGAACCAUCUCCGAUCUCUGAUCUAUCUCGCCUAAUCGAUGGACGGUCUCCUACUCCUUUCUCAGUUAACCAUCACCCGGCCGACCUCAUUUCCACCGCCUUUCAUACAGGUAUAAUCCUCAACCUGGGUGACCGCCUUGAUUUCGUUCCACGAUUUCCAUCGGCUUUUCCAUUUUCAUCCAGAUAGAUCUUCAUCCACUACCUCAUCUCUCUACCGACUGGAAACUUCCUUUGCAUAUCUUUGCUGCUACGAUGGUCGCUACCAUCGCUUACCGCUUACCGCCACUCUCAACUAUCUAUUAUCACCUGACGAUUUGUUUCAACCCACCAUAUACCCUAUCUUCCUUUCCUUAGCUUGCGUCGCAUCCUACUUGCUGGUAUUCUCCGGUCGUUGGUUUUCUAUUAUUACCUCGGGUUAGAAUUCGUCGCCUCCUGCGUUUCACCUACAUCGAUCGUUGGCUUCGACUUCCCAAGGAAAACCUAGAGGAAAAGGGGCUUGGAGCCGAAGGUGGUUACUUCUUCAACAUCUAUGGAAUUGGAACACUCUUUUGAAGCACCAUAUUUCGAAUAAGUAGAUAAUGUCUUCAUCUUCUUGGGAGUAACAGAAGGCGUUCACUAUGAAGUAAUUGGGGCGUACUGACAUCAAAUUACACGUAUCAUCUUCUUCGGAUCUCAUGUUAGAUAUAUUUCUGGCAAGGAAGCCAUAACUAUUGAAGUAGCUAACGAUGGAGAUAGACCAAGUAGGCACAAGAACUAUUUAAGGGGGAUGCUUACACAAUUUCAUAUUAAGUUACACUUGGAAGGAGUGGAAUAGAAGAAAAAGCUUAAAUAAAGAAGAAAGCAAUACAUGGGUGAAGCUUGGGAGGAUUUGUAAAUGGCCGUGAACAGUCAACCAUCACACUGUAAAAAUUGGAUAGGACAUCUAAGGCCACGUCACACGUGCUAUAUCCUAUUCCUACCAUUUAGGUUGCACAAAUCAUCAAGGCACCCUUUGUUGCUUCCAACAUCUACUCUGAUUUUGAGUUCGGUUCUUCUCCCUUUAAAUUUACGAUUCUUAUUUUGCUUGCUGGGGAAGAACACAUGUAACAAGUUUAAAGGAAUGCAUGUGGAUGAGGAGCUGAAUGAAUAUUCAAGCUAUAACUUCUUGCAUGAUCCUACUCAACACCUUCUCCCUUCAGUUACAAUGGAAGCUCAAAAGGAGGCUCCUCCAGGCAUGCAAUGUAAGGAUAAGUUUUUGCUUCAAAGUGCAUUUGCAAGUCUUGGAACUGCACUAAAAGAUAUCACUCCAGAACUGUUUAAUAAAGAAUCAGGAAAUCAAGUGGAUGAAUGCAAGUUAAAAAUUAAUUAUGAUGCUCCACCACUACCACCUUCACCAGUAAGAGAAGGAUCUGAAGAGGGUUCUUCUCCAAGGGGUUCAAUUUUUGAUAAUGGAAUAGUAAACAAUACUAUAGAAUCCAAUGUUGCUCCAAGAUCAUUUGCUGAAGAAAUCAAAGACCAAGAAAAUGAUGAAAAGAAGAGAGAAGAAGAAUAAGUGAAAGCCAAAGCCAAAGCAUUGCAAGAUUAAAGAGCUACAAAAGAAGAAGCAGCAACAACUAUGGCAAAGAGUCAAAGAAACGCUAUUGACGCUUUGAUUGCUUCCAAGGAAGUAUAUAAUUUAUCAAGUUCAUUGCAAGGAAUGUAGUCAAAUGGUUUAAAAAUGAAAACUAUAACCGGGACAAAAGAGAAUGUGAGAUUUUUUUUUAACAUAAACCAAUGACUGGAUUAGCACAGGUAUGCAACAGUUACCACAACAUUAGCAACAAAUGGUUGCUUAAUCACUUAGGCAAAAUCCAAUGAAUGGAUUAGCACAU